GUUCUUCAAGAAUUUAUUCAUUAAAUAACGUUUUUCUUCGUUAUAAAGGCGAUAACAAUGUUCUCGAUCGGAUCAUUUAAAUUCAUUAUUGUUAACAAUGAAUAUCGUGCUUGGUUUAGUUUUGAGUGUGCUUUUUUUCGAGGCCAAAGCUAUAUUGGUGGAAACUUAUGCGGAUUUGGGAUGUCUAAACGGCGGUACCCAACUAAAACAUUUGGCUUAUGUAAGAAUCGUACCUCGAACUAAAACACAAGAUGCUUCUUGCAGUUCCGUUAUUGUGAACGGAUUCACUGACACGUACACAUUCUACUAUUACGAUGAUCCGUACGUCUCUGGAGAAUCAUGCAGGAACAUUAAAAGUGUUAAUGCUUCAGUUACAUUCGGCACAGUUUUAAAUACCAGAGAGCUCGGCUCAACGAUUGGACUUGAUGUUAAUGGAACAUUUAGUUCAGGACCUUAUGCUGGCCUUCAAGUUGUCACUACUCUAACAUACCUAACUGCGAAUUUGAAUCAAUGUAACACUGAAGUUGGAAUGGAAUUACUAACUGGAAAUAUCGUUAUUGCCGUUAUUGGUGGUCCCAUUUGCAAUGGUGUUGCGGUUAAGAAAUAUUGUCCUGGAAUAAAGUAUGGCAAUGGACAGAAUGUAGGCAUUACAUUGCCAGAGUUGCCAGUGGUUGGACAACUAUUACCAAAAAUCACAAUACCAAUACCGAUAUUGGGUUAACAAGGUGUGUGUAAAAUUCAGAGAAAUUUUCUUGUUGUCAUGUCAAUCCGUUGACUUCAUUAAAAAGAUAAGUCUGUC